AAAAUUCAGAUUCUUCCCGCUCAUUUCCUUAUCUCUCUCAUCCAUCUGCAUUUUCUCUCUCUUCAUCCUCCUUUCUCUCUCCAUAAUUUGCCUCUAUCAGGAGAAAAGAGAAGCUUAUCUUUACUCCUCACCUUAAUUUCGAACUAGAUUAUCAAGAAUUUAACCUCAAAAACUCGGAAAAUGCAGCAAGAUACACCCGCCUCUACAAUGAUGAUGAAUCAAAUGUCAUCAGCUGCAGAUAUCUUCUCUCCGCCGCCGUACUCCUCCAUAUUUUUUCACUCCGCCACCUCUCCGACAACUUUCAAAGCUUCUCCAUGCACUUCCGAAGGACAAUCCACAAUAAACGCAGCCAGCUUUGCCACCACAGCAGCUAAACAUCUCUCUCGUUUAAUGUCGGAUCACAAGGAGCUUCUCAGUCGCCAAUCUCUCUGUCUAGCUCAGCUCCGCAAGACGUUCAAAGAAGCAGAAACUCUCCGGCAAGAGAACACUAACCUCCGACUCGCAAACGUGGAGCUGAGCAACCAGGUCAACCUUCUCAUCCAAGCCACACUCCAGAGCCAAUACCAGGCGGUACCGUUUUCUGAUUAUCCGGAGCAAUACGGCUCGUCGUCUCUCUCCGCGGCUGCUGAGAAGUUCAGCGUUGGCGUCGACGGCUGCGGCUUCGAGAAGGAGAGAGAAUGUGAAGAUUGGGAUGAAGGAUUCUACAGUAAGAAUCAGAAUCAGAGUAGCGUGAUUGAGAAGAAUCUAGUGGAGGAUCACAAGGAGGAGAAUGAUCGAGUCUCUCUGCCGAAGAGUAUCUCAGUUAGGUCUAAUGGAUUCUUGAAGAUAAGUCAAAUUGCUGCUGCUCCUACUCGGAAAGUUUCUGCUCCAACUCAGUCUGUGACUCGGAUCGGAUCUCCAAACCCUGUGUCUGGGCCGCAAAAGGUGUAUGUUCGAGGAGGCAGCAAGAAAGAAGGACCAAUAGAGCUUGAAGUUUACAAUCAAGGAAUGUUUAAAACUGAGCUAUGCAAUAAAUGGCAAGAGACUAAGACCUGCCCUUAUGGAGAUCAUUGUCAAUUUGCUCACGGCAUAGACGAGCUUCGUCCUGUCAUCCGCCACCCUCGCUACAAGACUGAGGUCUGUCGCAUGGUCCUUUCUGGUGAUAGCUGCCCUUACGGUCAUCGCUGCCACUUCCGCCAUGCCCUUACUGAUGAGGAGAAGCUCAUGCAUCCCCACAUGCAUAACUAGCCAACUCUUCCACGGUUACCAACUUCAUAACCUGCUGAAACCUAGUUGAGGUAUGAUGACUUUCUUUAUACUAUGAUGGGAGACUGAAUGUGUUUUAUAGUUCCAUAUGAUAAAUACCUAUUAGUCAAAUAUACUAUGCUCUGUAGUAAACUACAUAUCACAAUACAGAAUUACAUAAUCAGGAUGAUAUUAGUAAGUACUAAGUACAAUGUCUAUAAAUACCAAAAAAAAAAAAGGAAACAAGAGGGUAGAUAGUAUUAUGGCAGAGGAAAGUUGAUGUUGACGGUUCGCUAGCUACUUCUGAUGCUGAAAGCAUCAGUUAAGAGAGUAAAGAAGACUGGACUAGUUUUUGCAGUAAGUUCUGUUAGUUCAUGCUCAGUUCUAUUAACGUUUUCCAGAACUUGUUUGUAAAACUGUCAUGCAGAAUCUGAAACUGCUGACUAGUAGUACUGGAUAUUAUACUCUGUAAUCAGUGGAUGUUUUUUUUACGUAAUAUUGAGUCUGGCUUGUAAAGUUGUAAAUAAAUAAAAGUACUUUUUGUUCGGUACUAGCAUCAAACAA